UUUAAAUAUCCAAAUAUUUUUCAACCAAAUAGAUUAAAUUUGAUUAAAAACAAAGGAUUUGAAAAUUAUGAUAGGACACAUUUAACUUUUGUUUCACAGAAUAAAAUGACAGUCCUGGGCGGGCGUUUUCACCCCAAACAUUUAUAAAUGUUAGAUGAACGUCCAACUAAAACGUUUCAGAAAAAAAACGUUGUAUAAACAAAGGUUUUUUUGUGCUAAUAUGUUGAGAACAUUAUGCUAUUAAAGAUACGUUUGAACAAACGUUCUAUUAACGUUACCAAGAACGUCUGUUCAUAACUUUGAGACAACCUUUUCCAGAAGCUAAAGUUAGCUAAAGUUGCUUAGGCUAACCUAGGCUAUAUAAAUACGAUUGGUUGCUGUUCCUUUUUGCAUAAAUUAUCUGCAUCAAUAUGUGCACUUCACGCGUAGGCUGAUCCCCUCCAGGUUUCAUUAGCAAGACAACAUUUAAUCCUACAUUCGCAAACAUGUUUCCACUUUGUAGACACUUCAAACCCCUCUGAUUAAACCGCUCACUAAUUAUAAAGGCAGUCCCAGACAUGCAAACAUUAUGCAGUGGAAAUGACAUCCCAAAUGGGAUUAGUUGCUGUAAAUAAACGUGAUUAAGGUAGUUCAGACACCAGUUAUGUGCAGUUUCCCGGUGGUUCUGUACCGAAAGUGCCCAUCUGGAUGAUGAUGUUCGUCGCGUCAGCAGCAUCAGGCAGCAAAUCAGACGCUACAUCGAGCUCAACACACAACUCCUUUUCAGCAAGGCUCAUUUUUCCAGAUGUCCUGUGCAUCAGGACUGAAUGAGAGCGUUAACAUCAUACGAGGCACAUUUCGAUCGGACAAUGAGUCAGUGAAGUGUGCACUAGUGAACUGGAGACAUAUUGGCGAUGUUGGAGCUUCAGUUCGUGUAGAGAGAGCGCUUGAGGAGCUGUCAACUAGUGGAAUGCUUUUUUAAAGAGAAAUAAAGGCAAACCCCUGGAGAUACUCAGAUAAAGUUUGUGAUGGAUUUCAACGUGACCCGCACUGACAAUUCCAGUGAUGAGCUUAAUUCAUCUCAACAUUUAAAUGGAGACAUUGACGAACAGUAUCACAAUGUUCUCAUGCCUAGCGUUUAUGGCGUCAUCUGCUUCGUCGGCAUUAUAGGCAACUGCAUCGUCAUCUACACCAUCGUCAAAAAGACAAAGUUCAGGGCGCAACAGACGGUGCCUGACAUCUUCAUCUUCAGUCUUUCCAUUGCAGAUCUUCUGUUUCUCCUAGGCAUGCCGUUCCUCAUUCACCAGCUGGUGGGAAACGGUUCCUGGUGUUUCGGUGCCACCAUGUGCACCGUUAUCACAGCGCUGGACUCCAACAGCCAGAUUGUGAGCACCUACAUUUUAACAGUCAUGACUUUGGAUCGAUACUUGGCAACAGUUCAUCCCAUCCGCUUCAACCACAUUCGCACUCCAUGCGUGGCCGUGGCGGUCGUCGGCCUGGUGUGGAUCCUCUCGCUGCUGUCCAUCACGCCGGUGUGGAUGUACGCCGGCCUCAUGCCCCUGCGAGACGUCGUUGGAUGUGCUCUGCUCCUCCCCAAUCCGGCUACAGACACCUAUUGGUUUACUCUCUACCAGUUCGUGCUGGCGUUCGCUUUGCCUUUGGUGAUCAUUUGCGUGGUGUUUUUCAAGAUCCUCCAGAACAUGGCGGCCACGGUCGCCCCGCUUCCCCAGCACAGCCUUCGCGUGCGCACUAGAAAGGUCACUCGGAUGGCCGUCGCCAUAUGCCUGGCAUUCUUUAUUUGUUGGGCACCUCAUUACAUCUUGCAACUGGCACAUCUGAGCGUGCAGCGGCCCAGUUACGCCUUCCUCUACGCCUAUAACAUCGCCAUCAGCAUGGGCUACGCCAACAGUUGCAUUAACCCGCUUCUCUACAUCAUGCUCAGUGAGACCUUCAAAAGACAAUUCAUCGUAGCCAUCCGUCCAGUGCACAAAGACUUCCGGGCUGAUCCGGGAACGGCCGACGGGAGCGUCAGUCUACGUUUGGCCCCUGACGGAGCGCAGCAGUCCCAGUCCUCCCGGGAGCUGUUGCCGGUUACCGUGGCUGUCCAUUGAAACUAUUAUCUCACCAGGAAACCCCUGGGAAACUGCACCGAGUCACGCUGAAGACAUUUUUUUGUGUGUGUGUCUAUAAUGAGCAUGUAGCUGAAAAGAAGUCUUUAAAGUGUUUUGCAGAAUUGGAUCUGUGAUGUUGCACAUUUUCCUUGUCAUAUUCCUGUGCAGUGAAAGAGAUAUGAUAUACUGUAUAUACACAACUCAAUUAUAGCAACACUUUUACAUCACAGUGAUUUACUGCCUUGCAGUGGCUUUUACAAUCAUUUGUUUUCUGUAAAAUAGGGCUUUACAGGGUUGGUAUGAUAUGCAGUGGAGAUCAAAAUUAGAGAAUAACCGUCAAUUUCCUCAAUUUCAAGUUCAAUGCUUAGUCCUAUUUGAAGUUAUACUAACAGGAGUUGAAGGACCCUUUUUUUAAAACAUAUUUCAUAAGUUAAAUAUAUUCUGAUAUACACAACUUUUAUACUGGUUCACCCAAAAAUGAAAAUUCUGUCAUUAAUUACUCACCCUCAUGUCGUUCCAACAUGUAAGAUAAAUGAAGAUAUUUUUGAUUAAAUCUGAGAGCUUUCUGUCCCUCCAUUGGCAGCCUAUGCAACUACCACUUUCAAACCCCAGAAAGGUAGUAAAGACUAAUCCAUGGGACUUAUUUUUUGUCUUUGCAAAAAAAAAACAUAAUAUACCACUUUAUUUACAAAAUAUUAAUCUCCAACAUGCGUUCGAGAGCACCACAAUGAAUAACUUUUUUGGUCUGGUUCUCAAGGGAGCACCUGGUGAUGUUGCUUGGUAUUCACACUUUACGCGAUACACUUAUCCUAAAAGCUGUCCUCAUCACUUUCCUCCUGACUGCUCUCCUCACUAUCUUCUUUUCUCUCAAACAUUGUAGAUGAUGAUAAUAAUGAUUUUUUUUUUACUAACAUUAAUGACACAGACAACAGCAAGAAUAUUCGGCUGCUGUCACUUUAAAAAGGAAAGCACACAUCCGGACACAUAUUCUUCCUCAACUGUUCACUUAUGACAUAACAGAGAGAAUGCUUGCUGAGACAGGUAUUUUGACAUAAUUUUGUGUGUAUGUGUCCGUUUAAGCGCAAGUAAGCGGUGUUCGAGCGCUGUCUGACUCUCUCACUCUGCGCACAGAUAACAGUUUGCGAGUCCCGAUUUUCGCGUCGUCUUCCGCUUUUAAAAUCAUUUGAACGUGUUAAUUGGUGAGACAAAACAUGUCCAAAUGAUAUACUUUCACUAUAUGAUGGUUAAAUUUAGCAGUUAAUCCGCGAAUCACCGAACCGUUGGACCUUAUCCAUACGGAUCACGGAUUAACCGCGAUCCGUUGCACACUUAAUAAUUAAAGAACACACUUAUCAUCAUGAUUGCUAUCUGACCAGAGAUGGAGAAAAAUCCUACUCCAGUAAGUAAAUGUGUCCCUGUGAACCGGUCCUCAAAAAUGUUGGUACUCAAAAGCGCUUCCCUCCAUGUUUUCUGGUGCGCAUUGUUUAUUUUUUCACUGCGCAUACCGUACCACUUAUGUGCACCCCUGACAAUGACACAUGCGCGUUUAUGUUGAUGUGAGAGCAGAUGUUGUUGCGCGAACGUGCUUUGGAGAUUCAUAUUUUGUAAAUAAAGUGGUAAUUAUGUGUUUUUUCGUGCAAACAAAGCACUCGUGUCACUUCAUAAAAUUGAGUUUACACCAUUGGAGUAACAUGGGAGUACUUUAAUGAUGUCUUUACUACCUUUCUGGGGCUUG